UAACUAGAAUUUCUGCCAUGUGAAAAUAAACCAAUAGUAUUUGUUCGGUCCAUCUAUUUCCGAGGUCUUUGAAAGGUUUAAUAUAAAAACCUUUUUGAAUCCCUGACGGAAAAACGUUUUUAUCUGUUUUCUUUUCUUUAGAUAAUAAAUGGCUCGUACAACUCACCAGUUUCUGGAUACUUUGGAUAUCAUCUUCCUAGGUACUAUCGGCCUUGGUACGAUUGCUUGGUUUGCUAGACAUCAGAUUGCAGACAAGCUUUUCAAGACCAAUGCUAAACCCGAACUUAAAACUGAAGCUAAAGCCGGCCCUGCAAAGAAGGAACGCAACUUUGUUAAAGUCAUGCAACAAGAGGGUCGUAAAGUCAUUUUCUUUUAUGGUUCUCAAACAGGAACAGCAGAAGACUAUGCUUCUCGUCUUGCCAAAGAGUGUUCCCAAAAGUACGGUGUCAGUGCCAUGGUAGCUGAUAUCGAAUUAUACGACAUGUCUUUCCUCGACCAAGUCCCUGACGAUUUCCUCGUCUUUUUUGUACUUGCCACUUAUGGUGAAGGUGAGCCUACAGAUAAUGCUGCCGACUUUUGGGAUCUUAUCACCGAUGAAUCUCCUCAAUACUCCAAUGGCGAAGAAGAUAAACCCUUAGAGAAUUUAAGAUAUAUUGCUUUUGGUCUUGGUAAUAAGACAUAUGAACAUUACAACGAGGUAGUGAGAAAGGUUGAUAAUCAGUUGGUUGCUGCCGGAGCAAAAAGAAUCGGUGAACGUGGUGAGGGCGAUGAUGAUGGUUCAUUAGAAGAGGAUUUCUUGGCUUGGCAAGAGGAUAUGUGGCCUGUAUUCUGUGAAGCUAUGGGUGUUGAUGAAAAUAGUGCUCAAUCAGGCCCCCGUCAAGCUUCUUAUAGCGUUGAGGAAUUAACAGAGUUUGAUGCCGAAAAGGUUUACAACGGUGAAUUAAGCGAGUGGCUUCAAGAGGGAGCUCGUGUUGUGUAUGAUGCUAAGCGUCCUUAUUAUGCUCCUGUCACAUCUAAAGACUUAUUCAAGGGUGGAGAUCGUCACUGUCUUCACAUCGAAAUCGAUAUUUCCAAUACCAAUUUGGCUUAUCAUACUGGUGAUCAUGUUGCUAUCUGGCCCAUUAACAAUGACGUUGAAGUUGAGCGUCUUGCUAAUGUUCUUGGAUUAAAGGACAAACUUGACACUGUUGUCUGUGCUGCCUCUAAGCAAUUUCCUUUCCCUGUUCCUACCACUUAUCGAGCCAUUUUUGCUCAUUACAUUGAUAUUUGUGCUGCCGUUUCCCGUCAAACCUUGAUGUCUUUAGUAGAGUUUGCCCCCACCGAGAAAUCUAAGGAGGUCCUUCGUAAAUUGGCUACCGAUAAAGAUGAAUACCGUGUUCGUGUUGGAGAUGUCACACGUAACUUGGGCGAGGUUCUUCAAAUGCUUGCUGAAUCAGAGUCUUUGGAUGUUGAGGGCUCUUUUGCUUCCGUUCCUUUUGAUUUGAUUGUCGAAAGUGUAUCUCGCUUACAACCUCGUUAUUACUCCAUCUCUUCUUCGUCCAAGGAAAACCCUAAAAAGAUUACUGUCACCGCUGUCAUGCUCGAAUAUACACCUGACGCAUCUCCUCGUACUGUUUAUGGUGUCAAUACUAACUAUCUCUGGCGUAUUCAUGAAGCCAUCAAUAAUGUUGAGGCCAACACUGUAGCACCUACGUACAGAAUCCAAGGUCCUCGUAACGAAUUAUACAAUGCAGAGACCAAGGUUGCCCGUAUUCCUGUUCACGUUCGUCGAUCGCAAUUCAAGUUACCUAGAAACCCUACUGUUCCUAUUAUUAUGGUUGGUCCUGGUACGGGUGUUGCUCCCUUCCGUGGAUUUGUUAGAGAGCGUGUACUUCAAAAGAAGGAAGGUAAGCCUGUGGGUCCCACCGUACUUUUCUUUGGUUGUCGUAGCCAAGAUCAAGACUUCUUAUAUGAUAAUGAAUGGCCUGAGCUCUUUGAGACCUUGGGUGGUAACUCUCGUAUUAUUACAGCAUUUUCUCGUGACUCUGCUCAAAAGGUGUACGUUCAACAUAGAUUGAUGGAAAAUGGCGAGGAAAUGUGGGGUUUAUUAGAAAAGGGAGCUUAUGUGUACGUUUGUGGUGAUGCUAAAGUCAUGGCUCGUGAUGUGAAUCAAACCUUUGUCCGUUUUGCUCAACAGUUUGGCGGUUUUGCAGAAGACAAGGCACAAGAUUAUGUCAAAAACUUGAGAAACACAGGUCGUUACCAAGAAGAUGUUUGGAGUUAAAUCAUUUUUUUAUUUUCGUUUUGUUUUUGCACAUUAUUUAUUAUUACGUUAAUUGUUAUUCCCCCCACCACUCUUUAUUUCAAAAAAAAAAAAAAGGAAAAAUACACAUAGAAUAUUAUUUUUUCACUAUUCAUUUUA